AUGUUUUCCCGCUUGCUCAUCCUCUCCCUGCUGGAGGGGAUCACUCUGUCUGGCCCGGUGAGCAGACCAGAGCCUGCAGCAUCGAGGGAUGUCACCACCUUUUUCCAGCUGGCUCAGGAAGACCCUUGGGAAAAUAUUAACCUCACCAGCAUGUCCUGCGAGGACCGGAAAAACAGGACUUGGAUCACUCUGCAGCUGACCAACAGCAGCCUGACAGCUUUCCCUGUCUGCCUGCCAGAGACCCUGGAGACCUUGGAUCUCAGCAGCAACCUCUUAGAAGAGGUGAACGGCACAGAGAUAGCAAAUCUCCCACGGCUGCGUGUCCUCUCACUGAGGCAGAACCAUCUCUGGUCGGUGAGAUGGGGAUCUGAGCCCCUCAGCAGCCUCCACUCCCUGGACUUGAGCUUUAAUAAGCUGUCAUCUGUGCCAUCCUGCCACAGCUCUGCCCUGCCAAACCUGAGGUGGUUGUCCCUGGCAGGAAACCCACUGAUUGAAAUCCAGCCGCUGGCUUUUUCCUGCUACCCUCAGCUGCAGGUCCUGAACCUCUCCGCAACACUGCUCGGGCAGGAUGACAGCAGAGGAAUUAGGGAGUCUGCUUUUGCCAUCAGCACAGCUCCCAGUGAGGCUAUGAACAGGCCUGGGAACUCCAUCAAUGUGCUGGAUCUGAGCGGGACCUUUCUUGAGAAAAUUCAACCAGAGUGGACCAGAGACUUGGCCAACCUCAGAUCACUUCACCUGACAAAGAUGCCACUGCUAAGAAGCCUCGACACUGACUUCCUCAAGCCCAUGCCUGGUCUCUGGGAGCUGAACUGCCAGGACUCCCAUUCCCUGGGUUUCGUGAGGACGGAGAUGUUUGACAGUGCUCCUCAUCUGAGUCACCUCUCCUUUGAGAACUGUAACCUGAGUUCCUUUAAUCCUUGGGACACCAACUCAUCGGAUGGCAUCACCAUCAACUUGUAUGGAAAUCCUCUGUUAUGCAACUGCCAGCUUUCCUGGCUGCUCUCCAAGCCCAAGAAAGUUGUGCUGCAAAAGGCUCAGGAGACUUUUUGCACAUCCCAGGAAGACUGGGGCAGACCUUCAACAUCUUUUUCACUGCUAGAACUCUAUGAUAAAUGCCAGUCUGAGAGCAACAUUACUCUGCCUGGUUCAAACACAACCUCUCCUGAUCAUGAUGCUUUCAACUUCACCCAUUACGAUGCCACUACUGUAGUAACAACAGACUCAGCUCUGCUAACCAAAGACACUUACACCAGCUCCCUAAUCCAAAGGAAUGGAAUGAGCACAAUAACAGCCAACCCAACGGAGCCGAUGCUCACAAAGGCCAACAGUUCCUUCCCCGAGGAGGAGGCAGUUUCCCAAUCCACAAGCAAUCCCCCUUCCUUUGCAUCCACAACCUCCUUCCCAGUUUUUCUCAAUGCUUUCUACGCUCAGUCCCCAGACUACAGCUCCACAAGUCAAACUGGAGCAGACCAGUUAAAGAGAGUGCUCAGGCCAACCGAUGUGACGGUUCCUCAGGACGGCCCAUCCAACCAGACCACCAGUGGUUAUUCUACUGGAGCACCAGGAAAGCCCAAUGCCACUGCCCAUCAUACCCACUCCUUUGCCACUCACUCUGGGAAAGGUUCCCCACAGAUGAGCCGACCACAGCCAAACUCCACAUGGAGCAGUCCUCGGCUGGAACAAGCACCCACCAGACCACCAUUAGACUCUACAGAUGACUACGAUUAUGAUGAACAGCCAAAGGAAACCACAGUGCAACUGGCACACAUCUCCUGUGACUAUGAUCCUUGCAGGCACCUUCAGAAGCCAUGCAGUGAGCUUCAGAAUGCAUCCCAGUGUUUAUGUCCUGGCAUGUCAACGGAAGAUGAGGUUCCUGACCCACCGAGCCUCAGAGAGGUGACUGAAGUUACAGACAGUUCUGCACAGAUUCGCUGGUGUGCCCCAUAUUCAGUUGUUCACACCUAUGAGCUGAUGCUUCAUGCCCAAGGCAAUGAGGACAGGCAGUUUGUCAUGGACAAUAUUUAUUCUACAGCCAGGCAGUACACUCUGUAUGAUCUGUUACCAUACACCACUUACCACAUUUGUGUGACUGCUUCGAACAAAGCAGGGUCAAGCCAGGCAACAGGUCAUGAAAUUCCAGGUAAUUCAUGCACCAGAUUUAAAACAAAACCCAGCUACAAGUCUGUCCUUGCUGCUCUCUCUGCAGCAAGUGGACUCUUUCUCAUUACCACAAUUAUUUUGUCUGUAUGUCUGUGUAAGGCAUGUAGAAAGCCUCAGAGUGAGCAAUAUGGUACACACUUAGUCUCCUACAAGAACCCAGCGUUUGAUUAUCCGUUAAAACUACAAACUGCUAACUAG